UCUAUCUCGCUGAUCGAACGCUGCAGGGAGGGCACGUUUCACGAUGUCGCUUUUGCGAGUGUUGAUUUGCGUUUCGGCGCUGAUGUGCUUGUGUGAGAGCCAGGUGGAGGUGUCGCACACCCUGGCAACUUGUAAAGAUUACUACGACAAACUGGGCAACAAGACGGACAAGACUUACCUCCUGGAAGUCUCUCCGUUCGUCAUGGUCGAGAUCUUUUGUUCUGGUAUGAGUUCCGGAAAGCCGACGGAGUAUCUCACUCUAGGGAAAGGAGCGGCCAAUAACUUUGCUAGAUACUUUCGACAAUUGGGUAAAGACAAAGGUUCUUCAUGUGGGGCUGCGAUACCAACGAAAGAUGCCACUGGCUGGGGACUCACUAGGUUUAAUAGGAUUCGUCUCAAUGUCAUGACCAACUUGGUCGACACGGAUGAUUUCAAGUUUUCUACGUCGACUACGGGAGGGUCAAAGAUCAACUACGGAGAGGCGGGAGAUAAGUACUUUUCCGGACAUGAUCCGAACUGUUGGAAGGGAAACUUCAAGAUUGAUCUGACUGACACGCCUUAUGAGGUGAGUCCGGAUAUCGAUUGGACUUGGCAAGGAACGACUAUUGACAAUGCACCGAAUGGUGUAGAUAUAACAGAGUCAGCUCCCAGACAGACAAUAGUAGGAAAGUGUGGAGGAUACCCAGGAAACUGCUUCCCGGCACUAGUACGCUCUCCUACCAACUCAAAGCUGAUUCUUCGCAUUGUACCAACCAACCCAUGUGUCCGUGUCAACAACACCAAUCCAUGUCAGAACGGUGCCACGUGUAUCCCAAAUGGUGCAACAAGCUACGCCUGUCGUUGUGUUCCCGGUUGGCUGGGACCCAACUGUGACGAUCCCGAACCCGAUAAAGUCAUCUAUGGUACCAGAUCUGCGAAAAGAGACGAUGCUCAAUCGAAAGCAACGUGUCCCGCUGGCUACACACUCACCCACUGCCAAUGCGAGAUUGGAGCAUGCGACGGCGCCGUCAUUGCGAAUAAUGCCGAGAGCUGCACUGCCUACAACAACAACAAUAAAAACCAAGUUCGCGUUCAGAUCAACUGCACGCGUUUCAACAGAAAUAUCGUUUCCACGUCCGUUAUCCGGGACCCGUCAAGUGGAUUUGCCAAUCAGCAUCACACGAUCACGUGCCCAACAGGUUGGAAGAUCUUGGCUUGUACAUAUCACAGCUACUGGUUUCGGGGUGAUCGACCGGACUCGGGUUUAGCGACAAUUGAGGGCGACAACGUGUGCAAGAUUGAUUGCAAAGUUGGUGGAGGGAAAGCUUGCGCAAUAUACGCAAAGUGUUACACCGACUAUUGCUUGUGUCUCAAUGGAGGCACAUGUUCAGGCAUAACACAUCACUGCAUCUGUCCAACGGGUUACGUAGGAAGUCGCUGUGAGACGUUUGAUUACUGUGCAUGGCAGCUUGCCCAGCAGGGCUCUCCUCCCUGUCAGAAUGGUGGGACGUGUAAGAGUGUUCCGGCGACGGCUAUUGGGACGUACGAUGGUGAUGGCAUUGGUGGUGACUGUAAGCUGCCGUUUAGGUACAAGCAAAUGGAUUUCUCAGGAUGUGUGGAUUCUAAUGUGGUUGGUCCUCCCUUUGCUUGCGGCGUUGCUACCAACGGUGGCAGAGAUUAUGUCGAUUUGGGUUCUUGGUCACCUGGCACAGUAUUUACUCUAGAAGGUUGGGUCAAGCCAACCCUUCAUAUCAACGGCAGGAAGACCAUCUUUGGUACGAUGGAUGCUUGUCGUGAUUGGGGUGUGGUGAUGAAUAAUGACAAGUUUGGUUUUGCGUAUCAACCGAAGAGUGGCUGCUCUGUUACCAAAGUGACGACAACUAAAGGUUGGACUGAUCAGUGGCAUCAUGUCGCGCUCACACAGGAUGAGACGACGAUGACGUUGUACGUGAAUGGGACUUCUCGAGGAAGCGCUGCGACUAAACCCAAGUUUCUUGGCUCAGCUGCAAGUUUCCGUGUUGGAGGUGAGAUUUGUUGUGGCAACAACUACUGGCCUGGAGUAGUAAAGAAUCUCAAUGUGUGGAAGAAGUCUCUGGGUGCAACAGAAAUAAUGAAGCUUUAUAAGAAUCCUCCUCCUAAACCCUUCGACGUCGCGGACAACGUGAUUCGAAAUCAUCUGAUUGCUUCUUAUGAGUUUGGAGAAAAAACCACGCCUACUUGUACAGGUGGUAAAGACCACAAGAAUGCUGAUUGGAUUCCCAAGAAUGGCGACAUCAUCUCGGGCAUACACUGCAACAUCAAGACAUUUUACAUUCCAGCUGGUGUGACCGUUCAGGUAGAUGGGUGGGUGAGGACAAAGAAUAGCAACACGGGAGUGAAAGGAACGGUUACAAUUCAUGCACAGGACAUUCUCAUCAAGGGAACGCUGCACGCGAACGGCAAAGGAUAUGUGGGCGGGGCACGACCAACAUCUGGAAAAGGCAGUGGGAAACAAGGAGAAAGCUUUACAUCUGCCGGAUCUACUUCUACUGGGCAACUUCAGGGAGGUGGAGGUGGUGGUCUCGGUGACACCAACAGCAGAGCGUAUGGCAAGCCAGGAGGUGGUGGAGGACACGGAACGGCUGGUAAGAAUGGCUACGACAAACGAGGCAACCAGGGUGGUGUUGGUAAAGGAGGAAUCGCCAACUCACAUGGAGACCUUAGGGUCCUCGAGCUCGGGGCCGGUGGUGGCAGUGGUGGCAAUGACAAUGCCAUUAGUGACAACCCACUUGGUGGAAUGGGUGGGAAUGGUGGUGGAGGUAUCUACUUGGAUGCAACCAACACCCUGACUGUGAGUACUACUGGUAGAGUAAGAGCCAAUGGACAGGCUGGACAGGGAGACUCGGCAUCGAGCUGUGGCAACGCCAGAUGCUAUGGCCGCUCUAAAACAAAUUGUUGGGACUGGUCUGGACCAGGAGGUGGCGGUGCUGGCGGCAGCAUCUAUCUUCGUUCUCUCGUAGUCGACAUUGGCACAAAUCGUGUGACAGCAGCUGGUGGUCGUGGCGGCUAUGGCACGUCUGGAUGUGGAGGCAACGGCGGUACGGGACGCAUUCGCAUCGACUCUCACAUACUCAAUGGCAAUACAAACCCUGCACCGUAUAAAGUGGUCAUCAACGAUACUUUCAUUGACUUGGCUACUCUGGCAAGAGAUACUCUUCCUCCAUCUGCUCUUGCUAAUACUCCUGAACCGUCUGUCUAUCUUGGUUGCUUUGAGGACAGUGCUGAUCGCCAUUUCAAGUACCAGGCUCCAAGUUCGAAUACUAUGACUCCAGAUAUGUGCAAAGACUUGUGCUAUCAAAAGGGAUACAGCUACUACGCCCUUCAGUACUACAGAGAGUGCUUCUGUGACAACAACUUUAAAGGCUAUGCAAGAAAAUCUGAAGGCGACUGCAACACUCCCUGUGACGGUGACAAGAAUACCGUCUGUGGCGGCGGGUGGCGUAUGAAUGUCUACGGUCCUGUUCCUCGAGCUCCAGCUGUAGCCAAGAUCAACGCGGUUAGAAAGUGUGAACCUUACUGCAAGACCGGGUGGCGAAGCAAUAGGAUGAUGUACGGCUUGUGUAUUGGUCAAGGGAAAGUCAACUCGUGGAACAUCGAAUGCACGUGUCCAGUAGGCUUCACAGGCUCUCGCUGCCAAGAUCCGUGCCCAGCAGGCAAAUACGGUCAAGGAUGUACGAAGACGUGUGGUUGUAAGAAUGGUGGUGUGUGUGAUCCAGUUGAUGGAUCGUGUAGUUGUCCUGCUGGUUGGACUGGCGGGCUGUGUGGUGCUGCGUGUCCGGCGACGAAGUUUGGUCCGGGAUGUACGGCUGUGUGUAAGUGCAACCGCUACUGCUCUCCUUCAGAAAGUUUGACGUGUGGCUACUCAACGACUUCACACAAGGUUGCAUUUGUGAUGGAGGCUGAGAGCGGCACGCUGGGCAAAUUCGGUGCAGGCGUCAAGAAAACUUCUCCAGCGACAUCUGGCGGUGCAUUUAUUGACGUUAUAGGAGCAGAUGAGUACACAGCGUGGAAAUCUAAACUUAUAGCAUCGUACACCAUUGAUGUUACUAUAGCUGGUGAUUAUUACCCGUGGUUGGAGGUUAUUACUCCUAAUGGAAAAGCAGAUUCCGUGUUUAUUAGCUUUGACAACAGUGGCAAGAGAACAUGGCACAUCGGUCAGACUAAGACAUACCAGUGGAGAGCGUUUGGCGGCUUCCAAGCUCUUACAGUUGGAAUUCAUCAAAUGAAAAUCUGGAAGAGAGAAUCUGGGUUGAGUAUUGAUCGGGUGUUCCUUGGUCCAGCUCAAGCUGCGUCAACAUGCAAUCGUUUCAAUGGUUCUUGCACAUGUCAACCAGGAUUUGUAGGUCAGUUUUGUGAGAGUCCUUGCAACAUCGGAAACUAUGGAGUUGGAUGCAAGGAGACGUGCAACUGCGGCGCUCAUGGAACUUGUGACCCACGAGAUGGCACGUGUCAUUGUGUUGCUGGUUAUCAAGGAGCAACUUGCAGUCUCAAGUGUACCGGCAACACGUAUGGCACUGGCUGCCAAAGUCAAUGCAAAUGCUCAAUUUACGGAACGUGUGAUCAUGUCACUGGAGUUUGCAAGUGCAACCCUGGCUACACAGGACCGACAUGCAACCAGGCGUGUCAGGCAAAUCACUACGGUCAAGACUGUGCGAAAGUUUGUCAGUGCCGCAACGGCGGUAAUUGCGAUGGAAUCACAGGAACGUGUCAGUGUACUCCGGGAUACACGGGAAGUGACUGUGGAAAAGCGUGUCCUGUUGGAAAAUACGGUCAAGACUGCAAGCAAACCUGCAAGUGCGACCUCCUGCGCAGCACGUGCAACCACAUCACCGGACACUGCGACUGCAAGCAAGGCUUCAAGGGCACAAACUGCAAUCAGAAUUGCGGCAACGGCCAGUGCGGUCUCGGCUGCAAAUUCUCAUGCCAAUGCAACAACCACGGACGAUGCUCAAAGACCGACUGCUCGUGUUCCUGCUAUCCUGGAUGGUCGGGAGUCGGUUGCGCAACAGCAUGCGGUCAAGGCCGUUUUGGCGUCGACUGCAGUCAGGCGUGCGAUUGCAAGCACGGCUCUUGCAAUCGUUUCAACGGUAAAUGCACUUGUCAGAAUGGCUGGAAGGGAUCGGAUUGUGGCACUCAGUGCACGCAAGGCACGUUCGGUAAGGACUGCGCAAGCACCUGUAAGUGUGUGAGUGCGAACACGCAGACGUGCGAUCCGAUGAACGGCAAGUGCACGUGUAAUAAGGGCUGGGCUGGUCUCUUCUGUGAGACGCAAUGUCCAGCUGGAACAUUCGGCCAAGACUGUCUCGGCAAUUGCAGCUGUCUGAACGGCGGUGCUUGUCAUAAUGCUCAUGGUACGUGUGACUGUCCUCCGGGAUAUUAUGGGCCGACGUGUGCGUCUACCUGCUCUGUUAAUAAAUUUGGUUACGACUGCAAGCUGACGUGUGUGUGUGCCAAUGGAGCCAGUUGUGAUCCGGUUGACGGUAGCUGUACAUGCGCUGACGGCUGGUUUGGUCCUACUUGCAAUGUUACUUGCCCAACUGGCUCAUGGGGUCCCGGCUGCAACAAUCUCUGCAUGAACUGCAGUCAAGGAAGCUGUGACUCUGUGACAGGACAAUGUACAUGCUUUCCUGGCUUUACUGGACCAGGAUGUACCCAACCAUGUCCUGCAGGAAUGUGGGGUCCCGGAUGUCACCAGACAUGCAAUUGUGUCAAUGGAAGAUGCGACGUCACGGAUGGCACGUGUAUUUGCAAUGGAGGAUACAAGGGGAGUGACUGCUCUGUGUCUUGCAAGACUGGAACUUACGGGGUCGGCUGUUUGUCCGCCUGCCCACGAAAAUGUCAAAACUCUUUGUCAGGAUGUGAUCCAGUCGACGGCCACUGCAUCUGCACUGCUGGCUGGUCCGGUCCCUGGUGCAACGCUUCAUGCCCUGAUGGCACAUAUGGCCCAGGCUGUAGUCAGAAAUGCAGCUCUUGUCUGCAUCCAUCCAAGUCUCUUAAAUGCCACCCGGUUACUGGUGCUUGCGUGUGUUCUCACGGUUACCAAGGAGAUUUGUGUGACGCUCCCUGUGAUGAUGGCUGGUGGGGUCUCAAUUGUACUGAACAGUGCGCCUGUCCUGCUCUUCGCUCGAGCUGUGAUAUUGUUGAUGGCACGUGCUCGUGUUUGCCUGGAUAUCUAGGAGACAGCUGCGAUCAGACGUGUCCGAAUGGCUUUUGGGGAGACGGCUGCACCAAGAGAUGCGUUGGCUGUGAUGCAUCCAACCCACACGGGUUCUGUAAUCCAGAGAAUGGAGUCUGUCACUGCCUUGCCGGAUGGUCAGGAACGGACUGUACCACACCUUGUCUCACUGGCAAAUGGGGAAUCGAUUGUCAGGAAGACUGUCUGUGUGAGUUUGGUACAUGCAACAAGGUGGAUGGAUCUUGCUUGUGUUCCAUCGGAUUUACGGGAGAUUAUUGUGAUGCAACUUGUGUGAACAAUACGUAUGGAGCUUACUGUAGUCUUCCUUGUUCGUGUCAGAAUGGAGCCACAUGCAAUAGAUACACGGGCCGCUGUGACUGUCAACCCGGAUACACUGGAUAUGACUGUGACAAAGAAUGCGAAGACAGCACGUUUGGUCAUCUCUGUGCUCGCAAAUGUGACUGCGACAACCAAGCACCAUGCAACAAGACAACAGGAGAGUGCAUCUGUCCGUCAGGCUUGGUCGGUGCUCGUUGCGAAGAACCAUGUCCGAGUACUAACUGGGGACCUGAUUGUAAGUUCGCUUGCGGCAUCUGUGUCAAUGGCAAAUGUAACAGUGGAAAUGGUGCAUGUGAUUGUGAUCCCGGAUGGCAAGGAGCAAACUGUUCAGUCGCGUGUGUUAACUCAUUUGGUGUCGGCUGCUCUACUCCUUGCCCGACCUGUCCCAACAAUUAUCCUUGUGAUGGAGAGUCUGGUACAUGCCUAUGUGGUGGUGUAAGGGACUACUGUGUGAAAGGUACUUGCUCUUCUGAGGGAGAGUGUGGCUGUGAUCCGGGAUACAGAGGAGACAACUGUUCAAUACCUUGUCCUACCGGUCGGUGGGGAGAUAACUGUGAUGGAAUCUGUAACUGCGGCAGUGAAACUUGUAAUAUUGCAACUGGACAGUGCGGCUGUGAUAAAGGACAGUGUGGAUCUCGAUGUGAGCAAACAUGUGAUUGUCCAUUGGGAUGCCAUCAGGACACGUGCGUGUGCUUGACCCCUCAGGAGCAAGAAGACUCUUCAAGCAGCGACAGCUCAAUCGGGGUUCCAGCAAUCGCUGGAAUUGCCGUCAGUUGUGUUCUACUCGGAAUCCUCGUCACCAUCAUCGUCUUCAUCUACCUACGUCACAAGGCUAAAACGCUCGGCGAAAUGCAAGGCCCGAUGGACAUGACAGGUCAAGUGAAAUUUGAUAACAAUGCAGACAACGUCGGAUUCAGCAACCCAAUCUACAGCACGAGCGACGAGCCGAUCAAGGCCAAUCCGAUCUACAGCUCGAAGGACGACAGGCUGGACGAUGUUGACGACAAUCCUGACUACACUGCACCAUAUUGAGCAUAUGAGACUGACAUGGUAUUAGGUGAUGGGGAUAUUGUUGUUGUCUUGUAAUCUCGGUGUUGCAUAUUGUGUGGACUACAAGAUGUCUAUUGGUGUGGUGCUGGCCUGUCAUAUGGGUUAUGUUUUUCAUGCAUGUGGCAAGUAGUAACUGGUUUGCAGUGUGUCUGGUCUAUCAGAUGAAUGGAAUACUAUUUGUAUACA